AUGGCCUCCCAGAAAGCCCAGAAGCUCAUUGACGACAACGCCGUCAUGGUCUUCUCCAAGUCCUACUGCCCUUACUGCAAGGCUACCAAGAGCCUCCUCAGCUCUCUCGACGCCGACUUCAAGGUCGUCGAGCUCGACGAAGAGUCCGAUGGCAGCGCCGUGCAGGACGCCCUCGAGGACAUCUCGGGCCAGCGCACCGUCCCCAACGUCUACAUCGCCAAGAAGCACAUUGGCGGCAACUCGGACCUCCAGAGCCUCAGCAGCUCCGGCAAGCUCAAGGCCCUCCUGACCGAGGCCGGCGCUCUCAAGGCGUAA